AGCGGGAGCGGACCCCGCGCCGCGCCCGACAGCCGGGUCGGGCCGGGUCGGACGGGCAGGCCGGCGGAGGAGGCCGGCGGGAGCAGGUGGGCGAGCGGCGGGGCGGCCGCACCGGCACCGGGCCCGCCUCGCCGCGCCCGCGGGGCCCCAUGGCCGCGGCGCGGGCGCGUCCGGCGCACACACCCACCGCCGUCUCCCGGUGAGCGCCGCCGCCGCCCCUUGGGAUCGGCGCUGCCGCUGCGCGCCGGCGGCGGGGGCCGCUGCCCGCAGCCGGGGCUGAGCGCGGCGGGAGGCGGGCCGGGCCGGGCGGGCGGAGGCACCAUGCAGGCGCGGCGCCUGGCCAAGCGCUCCAGCAUGGGCAGCCGGCGGCUGAGCGCUGGGCCGGCGGCCGCGCAGGCGGACGGGGUCCGGCCCCCCAAGCCUGAGAGCGCCUGGAGGCCGCCCCGGCGGGAGGGCUCUGCCGCGGCGCUGGAGGAGGAGGACGAAGACGAGGACGUGGUGGUGGAGGUGGAAGAGGAAGAGGAGGAGGAGGAGGGCGGCCUGGGGAGCCCCCCCCCGGCGCUGACCGGCCACGGCAAGGGCCCCCUCCGGGGGAGCCUGAAGGCAGCCAGCAUCAAGCGUGAAAUGACCUUCCCUGCAUUUCAACAGGAGGAUGUAAAAAGUGACAUCAGUCAAAAACUGCCAGACCAACAGUUUCUCCUGUUCACCACAAAGGAGGAAGAUUUAAAAACAGCAGAGACCAAAAAACCAAACAGAGCUCAUGAGUAUGAAAAGGAAAACACUCGUUCGGUUUGCCUUCUGGAACAGAAGCGCAAGGUUGUUUCUUCAAAUAUUGAUGUGCCUCCAGCAAGAAAAUCUUCAGAAGAACUUGACAUGGAUAAAGUAACAGCAGCUAUGGUACUCACCAGUUUAUCCACCAGCCCUUUGGUCCGCAGCCCUCCUGUCCGACCCAACGAAUCCCUGAAUGGAUCUUGGAAAGAAGGAGGAUUUGUGCCUUCUAGUACCAGCAGCAGUGGAUACUGGAGCUGGAAUGCUCCCAGUGACCAGUCCAACCCAUCCACCCCAUCUCCACCUCUGUCAGCUGAUAGCUUCAAAGCUUUUCGGACACCUUCCCAGCCAGAUGAUGGUAUUGAUGAAGCUGAAACAAGCAACCUUCUCUUUGAUGAGCCCAUUCCUAGGAAGAGGAAGAACUCCAUGAAGGUGAUGUUCAAAUGCCUGUGGAAAAACUGUGGGAAGGUACUGAGCACAGCUGCAGGGAUUCAGAAACACAUACGGAACAUUCACCUUGGACGCGCAGGAGAGUCUGACUACAGUGAUGGAGAGGAGGAUUUUUACUAUACAGAAAUCAGGCUCAACACGGACUCGGUAGCAGAUGGCUUAAGCAGUCUUUCCCCAGUCUCUCCAUCUUUAGCAUCUCCUCCUUCCUUUCCCACGCAAGAUACAAUCCGUCCUGAAACUUCCUGUGCCAAAACUGAGACUAAAUUGAUGACACCUCUGAGCCGCUCAGCUCCUACCAACCUCUACCUCGUACACACGGACCACGCUUACCAGGCCACUCCUCCAGUGAACAUUCCAGGUUCAACAAAAUUCACUCCCAAUGGCAGUAGCUUUAGCAUCUCUUGGCAGUCGCCUCCAGUUACCUUCACCGGCAUUCCAGUCUCACCAACUCAUAAUCGUCCUGCAGGGAGUGGAGAGCAGAAACAGUCUCACACAGUUCUUUCAUCACCGCCUAGAGUAGCGUUUGGCUUGAGGAAGCCUAGAGGGGAGGGGAAAAAGUGUCGGAAGGUCUAUGGGAUGGAGAACAGAGAUAUGUGGUGUACUGCCUGCCGAUGGAAGAAGGCCUGCCAAAGGUUCAUCGACUAAAGAUUGAAAUUAUGCAGAGGAUUUGGGGAUGGGGAAUGACAACAGCAGAACCAGAUUGCUGUAGCUGCACUGUAUCACUUCCCAUUUUCCCUCCAGUGAUGUGGUGUUGGGGGUUUUGGGGUGGGUGUUUUUUUGGGUUGUUUUUUUUUUUUAAAGAGCUUUGUUUUUCAAAGUGAAGCACUUGUAGCCAAGGAGAAGCACUAAUCAAAACCUGUGUGGAGCAAUAGAGAAAAAAAAAAAAAAGCAAAACCAAGAACAUACAAGAAAAUUCUGUCGUACUAAUUAUGGAAACCAGAGCAGCUAUUAGUGUUUUUCUGUAAAAGAAAGGAAAAAGUUAAUUUUUUUGCUAACUCUGUGAGCUACUUGCUCCUUAGGAUCAUUUUUAACCAUUUCAGUCUCUGUGCUGUGAACGUCUGUAUUUGCUAAACUGAACAAUUUUUCUUUUCCUGAAAUGAAGAUCUCUUUUUGAAAGCUUUCUAAUAAACACUUCAGAGUCAUAUAAACUACAGUUUUCUCAACAAAAGCUGUACCAAGACUGGAGACUGCUAAAUAAUUCUCCUGAUACAAAGGAUCAUGUUUAUAUUAUAUUUUUGGAAAGGGGAUGUGGGGAGGAGUUGGGAUUUUCAUUUGUUUGUUUAUAGGAGAAAAGCAAAGUCUGAAUUUGCAAGAAGGACAAGCAGUGCUUCUGGAAGAUUUUUAAACCAGGCACAGACCAGUGGAGUGGAACAAAGUAAUUUAAGUACCAAAUUGGAUGUUGAUCCUCUAGAGGAAGAAAAGCAGCAAUGGAAAGUCACCAGCAGAUAUUGUCACAAGAAGCUGAGAGAAGAAAUUCAGUGAUGCUUGAUUGAAACCCUUAAGAAUAUAAUGGGGGUCCAGUAGCUAUUAGCGCUCUCCCAUUUCUGAGGGAGGAUGAACAGUUGGACCAGCACGGCUGUUGCUGCAGGAGGCCUAUAAAGAAGUGGUAAAUGUGACCACUAGGAUUAUAUGUAAUACCUAUUCAGGGACAUGAUCCAGCCCAGCAGUUCUGCUCUUGCUUCCUUUUCUCUAUUUGAGAGAUUGUUGUUAAGAUAAUAGUUUGCUCAGCUUAUUUUUUCCUCCCUAUUAAAGUUGCUAAGAUUUAUUUGACGCAAAAAAUUGGUAGAGAAAAGGAAAAUGCCCCCUUUUCACAUGUCAUCUCAAAAAAGUACAACAGCAAAGGAACAACAUGCUUAUGGUAAAAGUCCAUUUCUUAACUCCUUUUGAUGUACGAAUUAACAAGUUUCUCUACUUGCAAUACUUGGAUAGAUUUGGGUGCUUUGGUUUCUUUGUCCAUUAGAAGGUAUACAGCAGAAUGCGGCAAGAUGGUGUUCUGUCUCAACUUGUAUUGAAUUACCAUUAAUUAAAACUUCCUUCAGUUUGAAAAUGAAGUGAGGAUUUACUAGGCUAUGAAUCUAUACAGUUAAACAAUACUUGCCUAUUAAAGAAAGCCAGACUCCUUAAAGAAAAUCAAAGACAUAGAAGCAAAAUUUUGCUUAUCAGUAGAGGCAUGGAGGACCAGAAAUUCCUGGAUUUAUUUUUUUUUCAUACAAUUUGAAAUCAGACCAGAGCUUUUUCUUUUUUAUUGUUGUUAGACAAUUAUUAUUGUCUAAGAUGGCUCAUUCUCACUGAAAUAAGGGAACUCUAAGUAUCUAAACAGCUUUCUAAAAUGUGGUCCAAAGUUCACUUGGUAGCUUUAUUAAGUAUGCAUUGCUACUUAUGCCUGUGUAAAAGCACAAAAUAACAAUGCAGUUGUUUAGAAUGUACACUCUGAAUUCAGUAAUGUAGUACUGAGAAGUAAAAUUUAUAGUAGGAGCUACCGAAAGUUAUUAUCUGAUUUUCUUUGAACAAGCUAAUUGGGCGAUCAGAUGCUUAAUUUGAGGAUGCUAUUUCUGCAUUUGUUUACAAAUUGUGUCAUUUACGUGUGCAAGUGGCAAGAUAUGCUUGCAUGCAAGCAAUUACUUGAUUUUUUGCUCAGUUGUGUUCUCUAAGUCAUUUAAAAAACCAAAACAAAAAUCUGACUCUGAAAUCUAAUAAGACCCUGAAAUAAAUAUACAUAAGCGUGUAUGAGUAUUUAUAUAUAUAUAAAACUAUAUAUUAUAUAGGUUAUAUAUAUAUAUUAAAAAAAAUUGGGAUCAAUAGGGAGGAGAAAGAUUGUUUUCUUUAUAAAUAUAAAAAACAAGACACUAAAGGUCAGUGAAUAUACAUAGCCACUGUAUUAUGUUGUUUCCUUUUAGUGAAUUGUGGGUCAUGGUGGUUUUUUGGAUGUUGUAUUUUUUCAAUUUCCUUAGUAAAAUACCUCACAGUAAUUCAUGGUUAUUUCAUCUUCAAACACCGAGCUUGUGGAUGGUGUAUUUACUUUGGUAGAACUUAGAAAAUUCGGGACUUUUCCAAGAUACUCCUGCCAGUUUGCCCCCUCAUUUUUACGAGCACUCCAAGACUUAAUUAAAAAGCGUUCCAUAAUUAAUUUGACUGUUGUUAGACUUGACAGUAUUUGCCUUUACAUUUGUUGUUCCCCUCCUUUUAUAUUUUCCAUUUUGCUUUGGAAGAUUUUUUUGAAAAUAAUGUAUCCGAUUGUAUAUUGUUUCUAUAAUGUCAUGGCAUUGUGAGCACCUUUCCUGAGGGCACUUUACGAAUUAUUGUAAUAAGAUUAUUCUUUAUGAAUUUCUGCACAGGAGAAUGGUUUUGUUGCCAGACCGGAUUGCCCUCUGGUACAAAUUCGAUAUGGAUUACAUAUAGGCACAAAAGCCACAAAUCAUCGAACCAGGAUGAAAAGUUGGUAUUAGCAAAACAGAGGACAGAAGGUACUUGAUUGAUCCUGCCAGGACAAAGCUAAAUUACCAGUAUUUUUACACAACCUUUAAUCAGCAGUUUAUAUUAAAUCAGUUUUGCAUCUCA